AUGUCAGAGUUGGUUCUUGUUACUGGAGCAUCAGGAUAUUUGGCAUCACAUUGUGUCUUACAAUUACUUAAUUCUGGUUACAGAGUCCGUGGUACUGUUCGUUCAUUAAAAAAUAAAGAAAAAAUACAACAUCUUUUAAAUCUUCCAAAUAGUAAAAAUAAUUUAACUUUAGUUGAGGCUGAUUUAACAAAAGGACUUGAAUCAUGGAUAAAUGUUGUUAAAGAUUGUGAUUAUGUUCUUCAUGUAGCAUCACCAUUUCCAGUAGUUAGUGAUGAAAGUGUUAUUAAAAUAGCUGUUGAUGGAACGAUGGUUGUACUUAGAGCAGCAAAUAAAUGUUUAAGUGUUAAAAAAGUUGUUUUAACAAGUAGUUGUGCUGCCAUCAAUGAAGGUUAUGAAGAUGAAAAUAGAAUUUUUACUGAAAAAGAUUGGUCAAAUGUUGAUUCACCAAAAAUGAAAUAUUAUGCUAAGUCAAAAACUUUAGCUGAAAAAGCUGCAUGGGAUUAUGUUAAUAAUAUUACUUCUGGAAAUAAAUUUCCAUUAACUUGUCUUAAUCCAACAUUAAUUGUUGGACCAUUAUUGUCAUCUGAUCAGGGAACUUCUGUUACAGUAAUAAAAAAAUUUUUAUCUGGUGAGAUGCCGGCACUUCCUGCUUUUCAGAUGGGGUUUGUUGAUGUAAGAGAUGUGGCAGAGGCUCAUAUUAUUGCAAUGACUAAUAAUGAAGUUAAUGGUGAAAGAAUUUUAUUAACAGACACUCCAAGUUUAUGGUUUAAAGAUGUUGCCGAUUGUUUAAGACCAGAAUUUUCUAAAUCAGGAUAUAGAAUUCCUCGUUUUCAAGUUCCUUAUCUUGUUUUAUGGAUAUAUUCUUUUAUAGAUUCAGAGACAGGAGAAAUAUUAGAUAGAAUAAAUAGAGAGGUUAAUUUUGAUAAUUCAAAAGGAAAAAAAUUAUUGGGAAGAAAUUUUAGUAAUGCUAAGAUUGCAAUUAUUGAAAUGGCGCAUACAUUAAUAGAAAAUGGUAUUUUACCUAAAAAAAGAGGAUACAAAGGAAGAUCUUUGAAUAACAAUUGA